AUGAAAGCUUGCGCCACGCUUCUAGGUUUCUGUACAUUUUCCGAUGCAUUCGAAUUCGAGAAAGCCGACCGCGAGAAAAGUGAAUUGUUCGCAGAGAUGGCAAACUUCAAAUCGUCGAUUUCUAAUAAUGAGGCGGCGCUUGACAAGCUGAGUGUUUUUAAAGAGCUUGUCCAAGGCGCUUGGGACCAGACGAUCAACAAUUCACGAGAACUGGAUGCACUUGAACAGAGUAUUGAUCGAAACUCGGAUGCUAUUGUGAAAGAAAAUGUUCACCGCCAAGCAUCAGACAAGAUGCUCUUUGAAUUAUUCCAAUCGGUGCUGGAGAUAUUGAACGACGACUCCAAGCGCUUUCUGGAGCUUGAAAAAUCAGCCGAUACUUUGGAGAAGGUCGAAGUUGCCAAUGCAAAGGCAAUGGAGACUCGGGUGAAUGAAGAGAUCUCUGGAACGAGACGCUUACUCGACUCGCACGCUCACAAGCUCAACGAGCACUCCGCCACGCUUGAGACAGUCUCCAGCCUCGAAAAGAAGCUCCAAGACCUUGAAUUCCAGGUGACAGUCGAACUCGCCAAAUCUGAGGCUCGACAACGCACGGCAUUAGUCGCCGCCAAGAAAGUCUCAGAGAAAUCUGACGAAGAUUUUGUCCUAGAUUAUUCAACACCUAUUGACACUAUUGAAUUAGAAGACAGCUUUGUUACCGAAUCGGAUAUCAAAUUGAUCCAGGACGGUGUUACCGAAGAAAUCAAUGUUUUCGUAGCGAGAUUAGAAGGUUUAGAAAGAAACGUCACCGCGCUUGAUGAAAAGUAUCUGCAGCUCCAUCAAACUCAGCUUAAUAUUACAGAAAUAUCGCAGAAUAAUACUCUCGAAAUUUUGAAUCUUCAAAAUGCAACAGAUAUUCUUGACAGGAAAGUAGACGAUUUGGAACAAAUGAUUAAUAGAACUGUCGUGCGCUUCGCAAAUCAGACGAUGGAACUUGCCACCCAUGUUUCUGACAUUUCUAAUUUGACUGAUGCUCACGAAACGGAACUAUUCGAGCUCAGGUCUGAGCUCAUUCACGCGCAAAUGGAGAUUCAAAACUUAACAGAUACGAUUUUUUGGCUCCAAACAGAAAAUGAAAUCGGCGAAGAAAAGGAUGAUGUAAUCAAGCAGCUUCAAGAGACUGUCAUCGAACUUCAAUAUGGCCUCAUUCCAGCGCCAAAACAAGGGGAGAUUCUCAUCACCGGAGGUCUCCAAGACUUUGGUGCCGACUGGUCUAGCAUGUUGCUCAGCGUUCACCACAGAGCCCAGAGAGAGUUCACACAAAUGCCUCUUGGGCGAAGCUCGCAUUGUUUGGUUAGACUUGAUGAUGACAUUUUUGCUCUUGGUGGAGCAUUCGACUCUGCUUCACGUCUCUCUCGAAGCUUUGAAUGGAAAGAAAUUGAUCCAAUGUUGGAAAGUAGGGAUGAUGGCCCUGGAUGCGCAACGUAUCAUAGCAGAGUCUGGGUUUGUGGUGGUCACGAUGGGCAGACCUUUCUUAGUAGCUGUGAGUCGUAUCAUCCUUCUGACGGAUGGCGAUUCGAAGAGAGUCUUCUUGUUCCUGUUGCAAGAACAACUGCCGUCGUGAAUUCCGAAGGGCUUUUCAUCAUAGGUGGCGCAAACGAUUCUGGCGAUGUACCGUUCGUUCAAUGGUUCGACGAAUCCCUCAGCAUGUGGCGUCUGAAGCAGGAUAUGCCGCUAAAAGUUGCCGAAGGAAAAGCCGUCGAAGUUUUCGAUGAAAUAUACUUAGUCGGCGGUUCGGGAGGCAACGAGCAUAAUAUUCUGUACAUGAAUACGACUUCCGAAGAAUGGAUGCUUGCUGGAGAAAUGAACAAAGAUCGAGUUGGGGCAUCCGUCGUUGCCAAAGAGCAUGAAAUUAUUAUAAUCGGUGGGGAAAUUUGCUUCGACAAUUGUGGCAAUGUCAUAGAAGUCUUCGACACGUUCAAUUUAGAAGUAAGGAAGGAGAAAAUCCGAAACCUUCCAAACAUCAGUUAUGGCGCGGCUCUGCUUAUUUAA